AUGAAUCUCGACUUCCCGCUACAGCUCCUGGUAGUGCUACACUACACCUAUCCCUUGGCAGUUUUUCUCUGCUUUGCUGUUACCUCCAUCACCGCGAUAUGUCUGCCCUCAUUGGGAGGUACCAUUCGAACCCAUACCAAGAAAUUUCCCAUCUGUUGCUGCCUUUUUCUAUUCAUCGGUUGCUUUUGCCUCGAAGGGGCACUCGAAGUCGCCGAGGUGAUCAUAUGGCAUCACUGGCCUUCAGAGGAUGCCAUUGUCAGCUUGCUCUUAUGCAUCCUGGUUUUCGGCAUGGAGCUUGAUGUCCUCACAGGCGCUUCCAAUGUCAUAUGGUAUCGAUUUUACGGCUCAUGGGUGAUUGCUCUUCUUUGCGAUCUUGCAAACAUCGUACUGCUACUCGCUCAGAUCCAAAACCCCUCCACGAAUUACGACAGGUUACCGGUUCUCGGCCAUGCUUUCCUCGUCGUUGUCCGAUGCGUGCUUAUGCUUAGCGCCUUCAAGAUUUACUUCUCCUGCGAGAGUCAGGUGGAACACAGAGAACGUGACUCAAAACGUUCGCUACUUUCCAACGCAAAGCGUAAGCCGGGCGGCGGUAACACAGUAGCAAACGGCGGUUAUGGGGCAAGCUCAUCUGCUACGAGCAGCAUAGCAGGCAACACAGAGAAGGGGAACUGGCUCGACAGUGUCAGGAAGUUCUCGACCUUAUUUCCGUACAUUUGGCCUGCCAACAACCGAUGCCUGCAGCUUCGAGUCGGGUUGGUAGGCCUCUGCCUGCUAGCCGAAAAUACAGUCAACUUUCUCCAACCGCGUCAGUACGGAGCUGUAAUAGACUCCUUGAACGGAGCUUCAGCAAAGGACCCAUGGGUUCAGGUGGCCGUUUUUACCGGCCUCCAACUUCUAUCGUCUGAUGCCGGGAUUCCUCUGGUGCGGCAGUUCCUUUGGAAGCCUUUGAAGUGCUAUUCGGAAGAGGCACUAACAGUCGCGGCAUACUCACACAUAAUGAAUCUUUCUUUGGCGUUCCACAAUUCCAAGAGCUCAUCCGACCUCAACAUGGCUCUUCUGAAUGCCGGCACGGUCUCGGGCCUGCUCGAAGUGGUCUGUUUUCGAACGCUACCUGCUCUCGUUGACUUGGUGGUUGCUUUUACGUACUUGCUUAUCAAGUUUGGGCCAUACGAGGGCUUCAUCAUCGUGGUUACGGUGGCUGCCUUUGUGCAGACAACUUCUCGGAGUAUUUCAGUGCUACGAGAGCAAAGGCGUGGACUGGUGGAGAGCCAUUUAAAGGAGUCCAGUAUCCGGCAGUCGGGCAUUACCGGGUGGGAGACCAUCGUCGCACAUAACGGCGUUUCACAUCAGAAUGCUUGCUAUUCUGAGGCUGUCGGGUCCUAUAUUAGGGCAUCUCAGUCAGUCUCUUGGUGGGUGUCUCUCACCAACGCCCUUAGGUCUUUGACCGUACUGGCAGGUCAACUCGCCGGCGCUCUCCUAGUCGUAUACCAGGUCACGAAUGGGCGAGCUACCGCGGGAGACUUUAUUAUGCUACUGACCUACUGGUCUCGCUUUACCUCGCCCAUCACAUUCUUCUCCUCCUUAGGGGGGACGAUUAGUCAAAUUCUGAUGAAUACCGAGAAGCUGCUGGAGAUCAUGCAGGCAGAACCAACAGUGAUCGAGAAGCCCGAUGCCGAGCCUUUACAACCCGUUGGUGGCCAGGUUGAGCUUGUGAACGUCUAUUCUAGCUACGACAGGGUGCGUGAUGUCUUGAGAGGGCUUCACCUGUUCGUCCCGCCAGGCACCAUUGUCGCUCUUGUUGGUAUGAGUGGCGCCGGAAAGUCAACUAUCCUAAGACUGCUCAGCCGGUUUUACGACGUCACUAAAGGGGCUGUCAGAAUUGAUGGACAGGAUAUCCGAGACGUCACUCUAUCUAGCAUACAUGAAUGCAUCGGCAUAGUCCCGCAAAACCCUUUCCUCUUUGAAGGUACCGUUUUAAGCAACGUCAGAUGCGCUCGACUUGCCGCCUCGGACAAGGACGUUUAUAACGCUUGCAAGGCAGCCGCUAUUCACGAUCAGAUCUGUAGAUUUCCCGACGGUUACGAUACGGAAGUUGGGGAACGUGGAGUGAGACUAUCUGGUGGCGAGGUGCAACGUAUCGCCAUUGCUCGAGCAUUCCUCCAGAAACCAUCCAUCGUGCUUCUUGACGAGGCAACCAGCUCUGUGGAUACCGUGACGGAGCAGAAGAUCCAAGAAGGACUCCGUGCUCUUUGUCAAGGCCGGACCACCUUCAUCGUCGCGUAA